AUGCUCUCACGUGUUGCUUCAGUGAAGGCACCCCGCACACACAACCGUCGCCGCGUGACUGGAUCCAGCGGAAUGAGGAGGGAAGGAAGAGAGAGUGAGCCGCAGAGGUCCAACAUGUCCCGGCAUGUGUUUGCUUCCGCGGUGCUGCUGCUCCUCGUCACGACGAUGUGCUGCGCCACCUGUGGAGCUGCGCCUGCAAAGGAGAAUGAUGGCAACAGUGAUUUAAGAAGUAUUCAGGAGCUGCAAUGGGUCGAUCUAUUUGUGCCGCAGACGACGCUGGUGCUGCCGGAAGGUGGAGGUACUUUGGGGACGAAGUGGGAUUCAUUUGUUUCACCCUCUCUUGUCAGUGCUGGUGGAGUAAUUGCUGCUUUUGCCGAAGGUUACGUGUAUGGCCAGUAUAACACUGAAUAUGUAUUAAUUAAGCCCUAUUCUUCUGAAGUUGUUGCGGAGUACAUCGACUCUUCGUGGGAUUGGUCCACUCUUGUUGAAAAGGGAAGAAAGUACAUGAAGGCACAAAG